AUGAGUAAAUGUAUAACAUAUACAUACAUAAUAAUAUUAAUACUUAUCAAAUGUGUAUACAGUGCAGAUAAACAGCACACAUCUGUAGAUACAGAAGAUGAAGAUAAUAAUUUUGACACAGUUGUAAGAGAAUUAGAAUCAUUAGUAACUGAAGAUGAUAAAACAGCUGGUGAUACAGUAAUUUCAGAUAAUCUUAUGCAACAUGGACUUGGACAUAUUAUUAGUCAACCAAUAUACGUACCAGAACAACCAGAUCAACCCACACAACCUACACCUACACAACCAGAACAACUACCGCCUGAACAACCACACGCUUAUGAACCAGGAUAUUAUACUGAACCAUAUCAACAAUAUCAACCACCUCCAGCUCAACCUGAUUAUGAAGAAGUAUCUGCUGGUUAUGAUCCAUUUCAUUACCCUACAGCUCCAGAAAAAUCUCCACAAGAGGAUAAACAACCCAUCCACUAUCAUGGACCUACUCAGCCAAUACCACAACCUCGUCAACCACAACAACCACAUCAGCCUCAGAAAAUUUAUCAACCACCUUAUCAACCUCCGUAUCAAUAUUAUCAAGCUUAUAUACCAACACAACCUAUACCAUCUCAACCCCCGUAUCAACCAGGAUAUCCAAUACCUUAUCAACCUAUUCAACCUCCACCAGGUCAAUUCAGACCACAGCCACAACCACGACCACAAAUUCGACAGCCUAUAUCAAUUCAUCCUCAACAACCAAAGCCUCCUUAUCAACCAACUCGACCUAUAGGUAUACCAACACCUAAACCUACACAACCCAGUUAUCCUCCAAAGCAAUCAAUUCCUGAAGGGGUAUAUAAAAUUCCAGUACAACUAGGACCAAGUGGAUUACCUAAACCGACUCAUUUAGGUACGAGCAUACAGGAUUAUCAAUCCAGACCUCUAAUAAAAACGGGGCCUGAUUUGUUAGGUCCACGUCCCGGGCUUCCUAAAUCACAUCCACAAUCUAAAGAUGGAUUAUUAGGCCCAGCACCAGGACCAUUAAGAUAUCCUUCGGAUAUAAUGGCUCAAAAACGUGAAAUUGAAACUCCAUUAAAUGAAACUAGUGAACUAGCUGAAAUAAUAAAUAGAUGUAAAAAAAUAAAAUUUAUGAAAAAAAAUGAGGAAGGAAAUCUUGUUGAACUUGACACUAAAGAUUACAUGAUUUCAUUUAUUAAUGAGAAUAUAACAAGAUAUAAAUUCAAUGUAGAAGUUGCAGGAAUAAAGUAUGACGGUGAAAUGGUUUAUCAGCAUAAUCCUAUGCACCCCUAUCCUAAUAAAAUAACAUUUAAUAAAAAGUAUAUUGCUUUUUUUGUUCAACUCAACAGGGUAUUUAUAAUGUUCAAAUAUAAAAAUGGGAUAUGGAAAAUUAAAUUGAACAAAAUUCCAUCAACUCUUAGAUUAUACAGAACUGUUGAAGGCAAUUAUGUUGAACUAAAUGACAAUAAUUACCAUGUUGAUCUUUGCAUGGCUGGUUUUAUUAAGUUUAUAUUUAAAAAUGGUAUUAAAUGUACUAAAAUCAUGGUUAAAAAUCAGGUCGUUUGGGAACAGCGUGAUAAUGAUGAACUUUGCCCAUUGGAAGUAUGUAUAAGCAAAACUAUGAGAUUUUAUGUUUAUUUUGAACGAUAUGUUAUGGUAUUUGAUAGGGUUAGUGGGAUAUAUACUCAUGUAGACCUCAAACCAAGGAUCCCAUUACGAUAA